AUGUUAGAUUAUUCAAAUAUAUCUCUUCUUGGUCAUCCAAAAUUAAUUAUUACAUCGAUUUAUCAAGCGCUUAAGCCGAUACAACGUGAUGAAUUAAAAUGUGAAUUAAAGGAACAAGUCUUUCCAGUAAGCUCUCAAAUAUGUCAAGACAUUGCUCAAUAUGCUCAAUGUUCGAUGAAUAGUGCGUGCGGUUGUUUUCACAUGAUAAAUGCUAAUAACAGUGGUGUAUGUGGCUUCCUCUGGCCAAUUUGUUCUCAGCUAGCACUAUGUAACACUUCAGAUAACACAUGUCAGCAAUCUGGUACUAUAUGUGUUCGACAUUCUCGAUGCAAUGAUCGUCCUCUUUGCUAUCCAGUGGCAAUGAUGGAUCAACGCAUCUGUCCAUCGAUAGCAAUGUCAAAUACUACAAGUACAACAACAACUACAAUUUCAACAACUACUCGACAAUCAAUUCAUAUGAAGUCUGAAUGGAUACAAGAUGGCACGACUGUUGCCGGAGGAAAUGAACGUGGCGAUCAGUUAAAUCAAUUUGCUCAUCCUAAUGCAAUAUAUGUUGAUGAUGAUGAACAAGCAAUUUAUAUUGCUGAUAAUGGAAAUAAUCGCGUUGUUGAAUGGAAAUAUGAUGCAACGAAUGGUCAAAUUAUCAUCGGUGGAAAUGGAACAGAGAAUCAAACAGGUCAAUUAGAUUCGUUGCUAGACGCAGUUUUUGAUAAAAAUAAAGACUCUUUUAUUAUUUGUGAUUCUCAAAAUAGACAAGUACUACGAUGGUCUCGUCGAAAUAGUACAAAGGGACAAGCAAUCAUUUCAAACAUAAGCUGUUUUACACUGACUAUAGAUCAUAAUGGAGAUAUUUAUGUUUAUAAUGACAUGAAGAAUGAAGUAAGACGAUGGAGAGAAGGACAAACAAAUACAACACUGGUGGCAGGUGGAAAUGGUAUUGGAAAUCGUCUCAAUCAGCUUGAAUGUCCUAGUAGUAUGUUCGUCGACCAAAACUUGUCUAUUUAUAUAUCAGAUGGAUGCAAUCAUCGUGUAGUGAAAUGGAUGAAAGAUGCCAAAGAAGGUAUUAUCGUUGCUGGUGGACAAGGUCGAGGAGAUGCGCUCUCACAAUUGUCUUAUCCUAAAGGAGUGACUGUCGAUCAUUUAGGUAAUGUCUAUGUGACUGAUGGUAGUAAUCAUCGAAUCAUGCGAUGGUUAGUAGGUGCAAAACAAGGCACUAUUAUUAUUGGUGGACAUGGAGGAGGACAAGGACCAGAUCAAUUAUAUUAUCCUUCACGUCUAUCAUUCGAUUGUCAACAUAAUCUGUAUGUUGUCGAUCAGGGAAACAAUCGCGUACAGAAAUUUGAUCUUAAUGUUGAUUAA